AUGACUUCCAUUAGAUCAGACGGAAGCAAAUCAGAAGAACAAGAGAAAUCAUGCGUGCGCGAGAUGUCUGUAUCUACUAAUACAACGUUUCAGACGUUUGAGCCCUACAGACUCACAGUCUCGAAAGUUGCUAAGACCUUUAACGUUGAUGUAGCUACUGGAUUUCUGACAGAGCAAGCAGAACAGGCUCUCAAACAGUAUGGUACCAACACGCUUGGAGAAGGUGACAAAAUCUCCUACACCAAGAUGAUUGCUCAUCAGGUUUUCAAUGCCAUGAUAUUAGUGUUGCUUAUCUCCAUGAUUAUUGCAUUAGCCAUAAGGGACUGGAUCUCAGGAGGCGUCAUUGGUUUUGUUGUAUUUAUUAAUAUAUCGAUUGGAUUUAUUCAAGAAUACAAAGCCGAAAAGACCAUGGGAUCACUAAGACUGUUGAGUUCACCGUCAGCAAGAGUUACUAGAGAUGGCACGGAUGACACUAUAGCAGCAGAGGGUGUUGUUCCUGGAGACAUAGUUCACAUCAAAGUUGGUGACACGGUGCCAGCAGAUUUGAGGCUUUUUGAGUGCAGUAACUUGGAAACAGAGGAAGCCAUGUUGACUGGGGAAUCGCUUCCUAUACCUAAAAAUUCGGACCCUUUAUUAGAAAAUCCAACUGAACCUAUUCCCGUUGGUGAUAGGUCAAAUAUGGCAUAUUCCUCGUCGAUAGUAGCCAAAGGUAGAGGUAGCGGUAUUGUGGUGAGCACCGCUUUAAAUACCGAAAUAGGUCAAAUUGCGAAAUCAUUAAGAAGUGAAAGCACAUUGAUUCAAAAAGUUGACAAGAAUGAUGGAUCAUCUAGAUACUUUAAGGCUUUUUUGGGCACUGUCAAAAACAUUGUUGGUAAUGUUUUAGGUGUUACCGUCGGAACUCCUUUACAAAGAAAAUUAUCUUGGUUAGCGAUAUUAUUAUUUUGGAUUGCCGUAAUUUUUGCAAUCAUAGUGAUGGGAUCUCAAAGGAUGAGAGUCAACACUGAGGUUGCAAUUUAUGCGAUUUGUGUUGCAUUGUCGAUGAUUCCAUCGGCCUUGAUUGUUGUUUUAACAAUCACAAUGGCAGUGGGUGCCAAAGUCAUGAUGAUGAAGCACGUUAUUGUAAGAAAACUCGAUUCAUUAGAAGCAUUAGGGGGUAUCAAUGAUAUAUGCUCCGAUAAGACUGGUACAUUAACUCAAGGUAAAAUGAUUGCGAAAAAAGUUUGGAUUCCUAACGUUGGAACUUACAAAGUCGAAAAUUCCGACGAACCUUUUAAUCCCACAGUAGGGGAUUUAACUUUUGCAAAGGUGAGUCCUUAUUUCAUCAAAGAAACUGAUGAAGAAGUAAACUUUCUUCCUAAGCUUCCCGAACCAUACCCCGAAAAUUUUAAAAAUUGGCUUUUGACUGCAACUUUAGCAAAUAUUGCCACAAUUGAUCAUGACAAGGAUGAAGAAUCUGGAGAAUUAGUUUGGAAAUCACAUGGUGACCCUACCGAAGUUGCUAUUCAAGUUUUUUCCACACGUUUAGACCAUGGAAGGAGUUCGAUAGAGUCUGAUUUUGAGCACUUAAAGGAAUUUCCAUUUGAUUCUUCUAUCAAGAGAAUGUCUGUUGUAUACAAAAGUAAGAAAACUCAAGAAGUAAGAGUUUAUUCAAAAGGCGCGGUUGAAAGAGUUUUGGAAUGUUGUACCCAUUGGCUAAAGACAGGUGAAAAUGGUGAAAAUUAUGAUAAUCAGGAGCCAGUAGAGCUCACAGAAGAAGAUAAGAAUGUAAUAUCCUCUAACAUGGACACUUUGUCAUCGGAAGGUUUACGUGUUUUGGCAUUUGCGACCAAAUCUGUUGAUCUGCUGACAGAUAUCAACGUCAGAGACUCAGUCGAAUCUAAAUUAUGUUUUCAGGGUUUAAUCGGUAUUUAUGAUCCACCGCGUAAUGAAAGUGCUAGAUCAGUGAAAUUGUGUCAUAAAGCUGGAAUCAAUGUCCAUAUGUUGACUGGUGACCAUCCUGGUACUGCAAGAGCAAUCUCUCAAGAAGUUGGAAUUUUACCUCGAAAUUUGAGUCACUAUAGUCAAGAAGUCGUCAAGACAAUUGUUUUGACGGCGAACGAGUUUGAUUCUUUAAGUGACGAUGAAAUUGACAAGUUACCUGUUUUACCGCUAGUUAUUGCCAGAUGUUCGCCUCAAACAAAAGUUAAAAUGAUUGAUGCUUUACACCGCAGAGGUAAAUUUGCAGCUAUGACAGGAGAUGGUGUUAACGAUUCUCCUUCUUUAAAGAAGGCAGAUGUAGGAAUCGCUAUGGGUCAAAACGGAUCCGAUGUGGCAAAGGAUGUAUCCGAUAUAAUCUUGACCGAUGACAAUUUUGCAUCCAUUUUGAACGCAAUAGAAGAGGGUAGAAGAAUGUCUGCAAACAUUCAAAAAUUCGUGUUGCAACUUUUAGCCGAAAAUGUGGCCCAGGCGUUGUAUUUAAUGAUUGGUUUAGCAUUUAUUGAUGAAAGUGGAUUUUCUGUAUUUCCUUUAUCUCCAGUCGAGGUGUUAUGGAUUUUGGUAAUUACGUCUUGUUUCCCUGCAAUGGGAUUAGGAAAGGAAAAGGCUGCAGACGAUAUUUUGGAACAGCCUCCAAAUAGGACGAUUUUUACUUGGGAAGUAAUUAUAGAUAUGCUUGCUCUUGGUUUUUGGAUGGCUGUCUCUUGUUUACUUUGCUUUGUUGUUGUUGUAUACGGCAAAGGUAAUGGUGACUUGGGAAGAGACUGUAAUGCUACAUCUGCCAAUGCGGAUGUGUGUGACUUGGUUUUCAGAGGUAGAUCUGCAUCAUUUGCCAAUAUGACUUGGUGUGCAUUAAUUUUAGCAUGGGAGUGUAUUCAUCCUACAAACUCCUUAUUGCAUAUGAGAACGGAAACUGAUAACCCUUGGUGGAAACAGACCGCAAUUGACUUGUGGGGAAAUCAAUUUUUAUUUUGGUCUGUCAUUGGUGGUUUCGUCAGCGUGUUCCCAGUCGUUUACAUUCCAGUAAUCAACACAAAGGUAUUUUUACAUAAGCCAAUAGGCUACGAAUGGGGAGUAGCUGUAGGAUUCACUAUUCUUUUCUUUAUAGGUGCUGAGGCAUGGAAGUGGUUUAAAAGAAUAUUCAAGAGAAGACAAACAAGGAAAACGCAAAAUCCAGAAUACGAGUUGGAAAGAAGCGACCCGUUCCAAAAAGCAGCAUCAUUCUCAAGGUCAGCUACUAUGGAUAGACCAGAUUUAAUGGUAUAG